CAGUAAGGUGUCUGGUUACUCCCAGUCUGCCCACGCUUAGCUGGGGCUAAAGGAGGGGUUACACCGCUCCUCAGCAGUAAUGGUGACUUGGCUACGCUGGAGGGGAGCUCAAUGCUGUGUGGAAGCCAUCAAACACGACUUCUGAAGCUGUUUUCGAAGAAGAGAUCUGUUGUUUUGUUUUUCUUUUCUUCUUCUUCUUCUUCUUUUUUUUUUGAAUAGCUGAAUGCGCUGUGGAAAGUUAAACCUGUUGCCUGCCUCGCCGCACAGUCAACUUGAGAUGUUGCUUUGUGGAUGGGAUGGCCUCUGGUCCCGUUUGUGUGCGCACUCAUAGCCUCGCCGGAGUACGAACAGUUUUCCCCUCUCAAGUGAUUGUGUAGCUCUUCUGGCGUGGGAAGAUGCACGUGUCUCUGGCAGAAGCCUUGGAGGUUCGAGGAGGUCCGCUCCAGGAGGAGGAGGUCUGGGCCGUGCUCAGCCAGAGUGCUGAGAGCCUCCAAGAACUCUUUCACAAAGACCCUGCAGCCAUGGGCUUCAUCAUCUCUCCCUGGUCCCUCCUGCUCAUGCCCUCUGGCAACAUCUCAUUCACAGAUGAGUAUGUCACCCAGCAGGACUUAAGAGCAUUCACAGCUCCAGAGGUGCUUGAAGGGGUCUCCUUGUCUUCCGUUUCCGAUAUAGAGAAGAUGCACAUGUACUCUCUGGGGAUGACCCUGUUCUGGGGAGCGGACUACGAGAUCCCCCAUAGUCAGCCUAUGAAGUUGGGGGAGCACUUAAACAGCCUGCUUCUCAAUAUGUGUGAUGAUGUUACAUUGAGUCGAAUAUCGUUGCGCACGGUGCUGGACAUCUGCAGCAAACACAUCAGAAACUCCACUUGUGACCCUCCCUUCUCCUAUAUCAGAAAACUGGUCCGGUUGGUACUGGGCAGCCUUUCUCAGCUGGACGGUCUACUGACUGAUAGAGAGUCUCUUCCAGAGCGGAGUAAGGAGAUUCGGGAGAGGCUGAGAGGCAAAGGCCUUCCCUCAGGGAGGAGUGCCGCCCCCAGGGUUCUGGAGCGCUAUCGAGCCAGGACUCAGGAGCAGACGUCUCUUAACAGGGGCCUCAGUCGCUCCAUGGGCUCUCUCCCAAUCCAGGACCUGUUGAAGGGCGAUGAGGGGGCAUCCCUGAAGUAUUCCCCGUCUGACUAUCACCCCAGUUCCGAAUCCCCCACAGAAAUGUACCCCAGACCCCCCUCACUCCAGCACCAACACUCCUAUCCCUAUCUGCACCCCCUUCACCCUCAGCAAAAAGGCCGUCCUGUGGAACUGGAUCGGAGGUCUUUACUUUUCCAGAGUGGGGACCUGGGGAUUAGUCAGACUAGGAAGACCUGGGCUUCCUCCGUGGACUUGGCUUGCAUUGACCCAGAGGCUCUUCGUUUUGGAGCUUUGGAGGAUGCACGGAGGGGCAGCAGUGCCAUAAGCACAAACUCCAUAGGCAGGCACAAAUCGCCCUUUCGGAUAUCCAGGGAGAGGGAUUCUCACUACCCUGAAUUUGGUGGGCUGAAGAGCAGGAAACCUCAUCACCACUCAGCCUUAUUAGUAGGCCCGGUUCUCACCGGUGCCUAUGACAAGAUAAAGGAGAGACACAGGAAACUUCAGGCCUUAAGGCAAGCAGUGGAUGACCCAGUCCACACCCACCAGAGGUACCACAGUGAUUACAGUUCAUCCAGCGAAAGCCCCUCAGUGACCUCCUCUGAUCCAGACUACAGGCAAGCUAAGAAACCCGGUGAGGUGAGGAGAUUUGGAUCGCAGGUGGCACUUUCCUCUGAACACGAUGCCCUGUCGCUGACGAGUCACAACACACAGAGACUCAGGCAAUAUGAGGGGGCGGCUGAUGAAGGUCUGGUUGGAGCAGAGCUGCUCCUCCAGAAGCAGGAGGAGGAGGUGCAGCGGCUCCAGGCCCACCUGGCCAGCAGGCUGUCCAGGGCCAACCUCUACUCCACAGAUGACCCCUUGGCCCCAUCUCGCACUUCCAUGCUCGAACUUCAAGACCCCCUCUACACGUCUUCUGUAUCCCUUCGCAAACCCAAGAACUUCCAUGGGCCCGAGUUUGUGAAGAUGGCCAGCGAGCCUUGCGUUGCUUUAGCUGUUCCUUCUUCAAUAAUGAAACGUGGUAAGGUGGAGGAAGUGCAGAGGAAGGUUGGCGUCGUGCUGCUGAAUGGCCAAAAGCUGGAGCUGAGCUGUGACAUCAAGGCGGUGUGUAAAGACGUUCUGGAUAUGGUGGUUGCCCACAUAGGGCUUGUGGAGCACCACCUCUUCGGCCUUGCAUACCUCAAAGAUGAUGAGUUUUUCUUCGUUGAUCCUGAUGCCAAACUGUCCAAAGUGGCCCCAGAGGGAUGGAAGGAGGAUCCUAAGAAGAAGAAAUCUGAUGUUCCUUUCAAUCUUUUCUUACGCAUCAAAUUCUUCCUUGAUGACAUCAACCUCAUACAGCAUGCUAUGACCAAACAUCAGUACUACCUACAGCUGAGGAAGGACAUCUUGGAGGAGAGGGUGCGCUGUGACACAGAAAAUGCCGUGAUUCUUGCUUCUCUGGCCCUGCAGGCUGAGUUCGGCGACUACCAACCGGAGCUCCACGGGAAGACUUAUUUCAGGCUGGAGCACUAUCUGCCGGUGUCGGUCCUGGAUAAGGUGAACCAUACGAACAUCAAGGAGGAGCUGCCGAAACUUCACUGCAACUACUAUGGAGCAUCUGACUCUGAAGCAGAGUUUCAGUUUCUCACGGUGAGCCAGAGGCUGACAGAGUAUGGUGUUCAUUUCCAUCGGGUGCUUCCAGAGAAGAGGUCCCAGACUGGUAUCAUGCUCGGAGUCUAUAGCAAGGGGGUGCUCAUCUUCGAGGUCCUUAACGGAAAUCGUACCCCAGUGCUAAGGUUCCCCUGGAGGGAGACAAAAAAGAUUUCCUUUACAAAAAAGAAGAUUUGCCUUCAGAACACAUCAGAUGGGAUUAAGCACCUGUUUCAGACAGACAGCAACAAGACCUGUCAGUAUCUGCUACAGCUCUGCUCCGAUCAACACAAGUUCCACCUGCAGAUGAAGGCCCGCCAAAACAACCAGGAGCUUCAAGACCUAGAGAACUCCCCCUUGAGCAAUUUGCAGCAUUCCCUCAACCCUCGGGGUGGGGACACAGUGAGCUCGAGCAGCCUAGCCCCCAGCUUAUCGACGCGCUCCAUCUCAGACCACCUGAAGAGGAUCUCCUACUCUGAGAUGGCCCUCAACAGGGCACCGUCUGGCCCAAUAUUGGUCCAAGAUGAUCUUCACUUUCCUGGUUUCAAUCCAGUGGCAUCCACGGUUCUUUCCAAUCCGCGGAUAAUGAGCCGCUCCCACCACAACCUUGGACAGAUGCCAGAAUCUCCAGAGCAUCGAGUGGUGGAGUCGUAUAGCGGCCAGUUGCACAGCAGACUGAGUCAGACUUCAUCCAACCAAGUGGCCUCAAACUUCCAGCAACACCAGCAAACCAAUUCAGACACAGACUCUCUCUCACACCAACAGGACAAAUCAUUUGGCGCAGUGACCCACAGCAGCCCAGCCUGGAAUCUCAGCAGGUCCAAAAAGGAAUCGGACUCUUCUUCCAUAGAGGAUGCUGGCCAAGCAUAUGUAGUAGGUGUCAGUAUGCACAGUUCUUCUGGACCGCCUUCAACUCCAGCCUCUGUUAAUGACUCAUUGAAGAAAAAGCUCAGUGCCAUACCGUCUCCAGAAAGAGAAAUCACAACUGUAAACCUGAAGAAAGAUGUGAAAUAUGGCCUGGGGUUCCAGGUUGUGGGAGGGGAGAACUCCAGUCGUAUGGACCUUGGCACCAUCAUUAGCUCCAUCACCCCUGGGGGUCCUGCUGAUGUCAACGGCUUCCUCAAACCUGGUGACCGGCUGAUCUCCGUGAAUGAUGUGAACCUGCAAGGGCUCCCUCAUGCCGCUGCAGUAGAUAUCCUCCAGAAUGCUCCUGAUGAUGUUUCCCUGAUGGUGUCACAGCCCAAAGAGAGGCUCUACAAAGAAUCUUCAGGUUAUGUUCCCUUACAAGCAAAGUCUGCAUUGAAGGCACUUGACUCCAGCCCGAGACAAGAAAUAGACUUUGAUACCUCAUCAGAGGAGCAGGUGGGAACAGGAAGCCCCACCUCCUCCCCAGUCCACCAGCACACUAGCCUCAGCUCUCAGGACUCCAGGAAUGCCGUUGCUAAAGUCAGCCACCCUCCUGCUAAUGGAGUUCAGCAGUGCCUGGAAAGAGCUAUGGCUGUUUCUACGGCUGCUCAACAUCACAGACCAGAGCCCAACAUGGGUUUGGAGCCUAUGCCUCCCGCUCUGCCACCCAAAACCAGGAAAGCUAAAGUGCCAGAAGCACCAAAAGUUGCCGAGCAUUCUGACAGGGGGGAUUCAGACAUGGACGAGGAGACGUAUUCCAGCGGUCAGGAGAAACUCAAGGUCAAAAAGGAAUACAUCAUGGAAAAUUUAAAUGGUAAUGUCCCAGGAGUCAAUAGUCUCCAUCCAGGAGAACUAUUUGACGUUGAGCUGUCCAAAAUUGACAGCAGCCUGGGCAUAAGUGUCACGGUACUGUUCGGCAAGGGGGGAGUCAACACAACUGUUCGGCAUGGAGGCAUCUACGUCAAAGCCAUCAUACCAAAAGGCGCUGCUGAGCUUGAUGGGAGGAUACGGAAAGGGGAUCGUGUGGUUGCCGUCAAUGGAAAAAGUCUGGAGGGAGCCACUCAUCAGCAGGCAGUCGAGGUUCUCAGAGACACUGGGCAGAUGGUGCACUUGUUGUUGGAGAAGGGUCACCCACCCGCAGACAGUGUCCACGCUCCCGUCACACCUCAAAUCACUCCGCGAUGUUCUGGCAGCAACCAACACCAGGCCAAGAACAAAGAGCAGCCACUUGAGGUCAAAGAGAAACCAGAGUACAGCUUUGCUACACCAGAUAAUGUGUUUGAGGUGUGCCUGCUGAAGAACACAUCAGGGCUGGGCUUCAGUUUCAGUCGAGAGGAGAACAUCCCCGAUGAGCCUCAUGGCUCCAGCAUGGUGCGGGUUAAAAAGCUGUUUCCCGGCCAGCCAGCUGCAGAGAGCGGCCGCAUCAACGUUGGUGAUGUCAUCAUGCGGGUCAAUCAAACCCCCCUCAAAGGUCUUUCACAACAUGAGGUGAUAUCAGCUUUGCGAGGAACAGGACAGGAGGUGACUUUGCUCCUCUGUAGACCUAAACAUGGGGUUCUUCCUGAAAUGGACACUUCAGCUUUGACACCUAUGUCAUCACCUCGAAAGGAGCUGGCGACCCAGGCAGAGUCCAACCUGAGCUUGGGCAGGACAACCUCUCCUCUGGGUACACAAAGCAAGAGCAGUCAGGGUACUGUGGAGGAGGCCCUGGAGAGGCUGCGGUUCAAAACGCCAGGCCGACACAACAGCUACAGCGACAGCACUGAUGGAGAUGAGGAGGUGGAAGAAGCCUUCAGCCCGAGCGCUGCGGAGCACGGCAGGCAAACUUGGGAGCGGAGUGUCUACCACAUCCCCAGCAGCAACCUGGGACUGGGACACUACGACAGCACUGGUCAGCUGGAUGACACCAUCCACUCAGCCUUCUACUCCCCAAGCUUGUCAAUGACAAGAUCAGACCUCAGCAAGAGGUGUCCUUCAUCCCCUGUGACAGCUGAUCUGGAGUCGCCCUCCCUGCCUAUGGUGUCAUCUCCCGCUGCCCCAAGUCCAGAUCCCCUGCCUCCUCCACUUCCUCUGCCCAUAAACCUCACCGUGCCCGGCAAUGGACAUGACAUUGAGGAAUUUGCUCCGGAAGUUGAGCUUAAAGUCUCCUUGGUGAAGUCAGAAAAAGGCAGCCUGGGCUUCACCCUCACCAAAGGUAACGACCACGGAUGUUACAUCCAUGACAUCGUCCAGGAUCCAGCCAAGGGAGAUGGAAGGCUCAGGCCCGGGGACCGAAUGAUUAUGGUGAACACCACAGAUGUGAGCAAUAUGGGCCAUACUGAGGUGGUUAAUCUUGUGCGUGCAGCCCCCCGUGUGGUUGACUUGGUGGUAGGGAGGGUCCUGGAGGCUCCUAAGCCCCCCAUAGAAGCCCACCUGCUGCCUGACAUUUAUUUUAAGGGCAGCCAAGAACCACUGGGUUUGGUACUAGAUGGAGGCGCCGACAGUGCUUACGGUGUCUUAUUUGCGAAAGACAUUCUCCCAGGUUCAGUGGCUUUUGAGGAGGGCAGCCUGAAACCACUUGAUCUCAUUCACUAUAUCAAUGGUGCUCCCACCCAGGAGCUGACGCUCAGUGAGAGCACCAGACUGCUGGAGCUCUCCCUCAACGACCUCUCUAUCAAGGCCACAAGGGAUGGAAAGCCUGUUGCCCCCGGACAGAAAAGUGUGUCCUUUCUUAACAACAACAUUAGCCCCAAGGUUUCAUCCAGCAUUAAUGGGUUUCUUAAAGGAGAAGAUCCAAGAGACCAGGAGUGUCUUGCAGAACUUUGUCCUUCAGAGGAGAUAAUCAUAAAGCUGGAUCUGGAGAAGCCACUCUCAGGAGGACUGGGUUUCUCUGUGAUUGGAGGUGAAAGAGGGAUCUUUGUCAAAUCCAUCACACCAGGAGGGAUAGCAGAGUCCUCGGGCAAACUGCAAGUGGGAGACAGGCUCCUGAAAGUGAAUGACGAACUAAUGACAGGUGUGUCCCACACCAAAGCUGUCACCACCAUCCGUAAAACUAAAGGCCUGGUACAUCUCAUAGUGUCCAGACCGCCAGACCAGAACCCAAACACAUACCUGGCCUAUCUGCCCAUUAACUCUGACAAGUGCAAUGGAAACACAGACCUGAGUGACGACAGUGGGGCUAGGCCAUAUACUCUCCCUAAUGAACUGAAAUCUGGCAGCUUCCCUCCAAUACCACCAAUAGACUACGAAGACGAACUGAAAAGAGAGACGGAGCACAGCGCAGGCCUCUCGGAGGACACCGACUGUGAUGGCUCUUCUUUACCUGAAGAUUCCCCUGAGAGUUCCCGGAAGGUGGAAUGGCAAGAGGAGAGUGCUGACUAUCCAAGGAAUGAAAACUAUCUGCAAAUGAGUGCUGGACAGCCAGAGGAAGAUGAAAUCACAUGGGGAAGUGAUGAACUGCCUAUUGAAAACAUUAACUCCAAUCCAAGAGAUGAUGGGCCAAUCAUCACAGAGGAUGAGCUGACCUCUUUGCCCCUGGUCAAAGUGGUCCCCGAUGGCCAAUACACAGGAGUGAAGCUCAACACUGUAGUCCGCAUGAUGAGGGGACUUCUGGAGCAGAAGGUCCCCCUGCAGGAGUUUGAUAACCUCCAGAACCUCCAGCCACUGGAUGACUGCUUAAUAGCUCAGACGAAGGAGAACAAGAAGAAGAAUCGCUACAAGAACGUCGUUCCCUUUGACACAACCCGAGUCGUGCUGGGCAAAGACGGGGGCUACAUCAAUGCCAACUUCAUCAAGAUGUCAGUGAAGGAUGAGAACUACAUGUACAUCGCCUGUCAGGGACCCUUACCCACCACUCUGUGCGACUUCUGGCAAAUGGUCUUGGAGCAGAAGUCUAAUGUGAUCGCCAUGAUGACCCGGGAAGUAGAGGGAGGGAAAGUGAAAUGUCAGCGGUACUGGCCAGACACACCCAGGACAGCAGAGAUGUUGGACGACAGGUUACAGAUCACACUGAUCAAAGACCAGUAUCUCGACAACUUUGUCAUCCGACUCAUUGAGGUCAAAGAUGUCCAGACCAAUGAAAUACAGCUUGUAACUCAUCUGAACUACACGGGGUGGCCUGACCAUGGAACGCCCACGCAGCCCGAGCAGCUGCUCACAUUUAUUUCCUAUAUGAGGCAUGUUCACCGAUCGGGGCCCAUAAUCACACACUGCAGUGCGGGCAUUGGCCGAUCGGGGACCCUCAUCUGUAUAGACACGGUUCUAGGUCUCAUCAGUAAAGAUGCUGACUUUGAUAUUUCAGAUGUCGUAAGGAACAUGAGACUGCAGAGGCAGGGAAUGGUCCAGACGGAGGACCAGUAUAUUUUCUGCUAUCAAGUGAUCCUGUAUGUCCUCAGAUGCCUUCAAGCAGAGGAAAACAUCUCAGGGUAGCAGAAACCAGUGGAUAGCAGUGGCUGUUUCACGAAAGCAAAACAAAAAUGGAGGAGAGUUGAUACAGGCAGAAAUUGCCAAAUUACACUAAAUGUUUUUAAAAUGCCUUAAAAUAUUCAGUUUUCUUGAGAGUAAAUCCUUUAAAGAAGUCUAUAUUUUUUAUGUUUGCUUUUUGAGUUCUCUCUUUGGCUGCUACUCCCUUUAAAUGCAUUUCUGAGAACUGCUGAUUGUAUUUCUUAUUGUCACCUACAGUAGAACACUUAUGGGUUUUUUCCAGAUUCUUGGAUAUUUUAAAAUAAUUAAGGAAGUGAUCAACAACUUCGUAUUUUAUGUGGAACAAAAUUGUACUUGUGUAUUUUAAAUCCUGUUUUGAUGCUGGAACAUGCCUUGACAGAAUACUAUGUCAGUAUUUGCUUUGUAAAUCUGUUUUACAGUAAUUGCUUACUGCCUGAGGGUAAAUGAUGAAAUUGAACGUGUACAUAUUCAUCUCCUUAAAAUUAAACUGGAUACAUUUUAAAUGUUAUGUAGAGGAAGGUUUAUUCAUUUUAAAAAACAGAAAUAUUUUCCUUGACUUUGUCAUUUUUAGUGCAUAUCGCCUUUUAGCAAACAACAAACUUUGUCAGCCUUAUUGUUAGCAAUUUAUGCUGUGUAAAAAGGUUGCCAACACAUUGCAAACGUCACUUAUAAAAAUAUUAACAUUAAGCUUGCUGACUAACAAAACCACUGAAAAGUCUAAGGAAGAGAAGCUACAACUUGUGCACCUGUAUAAUGACUUGAAAACGACUUCAUAUACUCUACAUAAGUUACUGCACAGUAUUGCAAUAAUGAAGCUUGCAAUGUUGACUUUGUGCUGCAGCUGUUGGGGAAGUGUUAACCUCUAUAGUUUGUAAUGAUGUUCGGCAUAAUGUUGGUGUUAAUUAAUGUCUACCCAGCGAUUAAACAUCUUGGCUGCAAUACCACAGGAAACCACAAACCCCCAUCAAAAUUGGUCAUAGAAUUGAAGAUGUACAAAGAUUGAAUAUUGGAGCCUUCAUAUUUUUUUUUCUGGAUGUUGAAUUGGAAGGCAUAUUUUACAGGUGCUAGUGUCACUGUGUCUUUUCUCUGUAUGUACUUUUUAAAAAACAUCAUUGCCCUGACUGAAUGCACAUCCUGAGCUAUCUGGUGGAUUCAUGUAAAUUUCUACAUAUACUGUAGCAGAGAGCAGUAGGCAAUGCUGACAGGUAUGUUGUCAUACCAGUUUCACCACCAUGUGGUGCCAAAAUCCUUUAUCACAUCGCUGUAAAAUAAUUCUGGAAACUUUGCCAUGACUACAGAAAUGACUUUGGGCCUCACCGGCUGUUCAACUGCCCAUUUGAACAAAAUAAAGCUUAUAUUGCUCA